AUGGAAUUAUCUUCAAUGCAUUCACCCAAACCAAAUAUAUCUAUUGACGAACAACAAGAAUUACCAUCAGAUAUUAAUCAUGUUAAAAUUGGAGCUCGAACAAAUACUUCACCAAGUAUAAAUGGUAGUCGUUCAGAUGUUGAUUCACCUGUUCGUAGUUUUGCACUUAUUGAAACUGAUUCCAAUGAACUUGAUCGUAUUAUUGAUAUACUUCGACAAUUUUUUCCAACUACACGUAUUGUUGAAUGUAAUAAUUCAUCAUCAUCAAAUCCAAGUCGUACACCAAGUCGUUCAUCAUUAGCAGCAGCACCACAACAACAAACAUCAUUUGAAUCAAAUAGUAGUUUACGUGUUCCUCAAUCAAAUAUACAUCGUUAUCGUUCACAUAGUCAAAGUAUAUCUGAAAAAUCUUCAUUUGAAAGUGAUCAUUUACAAAAUUGUUCAACAUUAUCACCAGAAAUAGCUAAUACUCAUAUUAGUGAUCAAGUAACAUCAAAUACAAAUUCACAAAUAUUUAAAGGUAAAGUAAAAGAUUAUUUACAACGUCGUUAUCUAGAACAAAUUAAUGAACAUCAAACACGUAAAGAUACAUUUACAAAAUGUCAUAGUGAUGAUUUUAAUUGUCGUCGUUUAAAAAGAGAUUCAACAGCUGGAUUUGUUCAAAGUUUUGAACAUAUAUCACAACCAGAACAUUAUCAUCAUCAUGCAUAUUUAAAUUCUUCUUCAAUACCAUCAACAAUCAAAGCACAUUCAUUUGAUUCAUCAUCAUCUCUUUUACUUCAACAUUCAGUAUCGGAUACAAAUUUAUGUUGUGCAUUAAGUGCAUCAGAUACAAGUUUUAUUCCAACACAAAAUGCAAGUAUUAUACGAUCACAAAGUAAACGUGGUUUAUUACAACGAUGUGCAACGAUUGAUAUGGAAGAUAUACCAACAGUAACUGUUGAAGAUGCACAAAUGACAUCAUCACCAACAUCACCAGUAAUUAAUGAAAAUCCUGAAGGAGGAAAAAUUACAUUUAGUAUUGAACGACCUGAUGAUGAUGAUGAUGAUAAUGGUGAUAAUAAUGAUGAAAAAGAAUCUCUAUCUAUUCCAGUAAAUAAUCAACAUGAAAGAAAAUCUCGUCCAUUUCGACAUUCAAAUUCUGAUCAACAAACAAAAAGUGAUUUAACAAAAAUGAAUUAUCAUAAUCCGAAUUUUCUUGUACCGUUUCGACAUUCAUUUGAUCAUCAACAUGAAAAACAAACAUCACCAUCAAAUGUAUCAACAAUGUCAUUUGCAAGUGGUACAUCAACAGCAUUAACACCUUAUUCAGCAGCAAGUGAUCCUGGUCCAUAUCAACAAAUAUGGACACAUACACCAACAAAUCCAUAUAAUUUAGUAAAUUUUCACUUUCCAAAAAGUCAAGAACAUUUUGCUGCAAAUGCACAAGGUAGUAUUGCUCAAUUAUCAACAUUAACAAAGAUCUUAUGUGAUGAACCAAGUGUAUUUACACCGAUUACUCCAAGAUUUAAAACAGAAACACAAGAAUCAAAUAAUACGAGAGAUUCAUCAUCAUCAUCAUCAUCUGUACCAUCAUGUCAAAUUUGUCGACAACAAACUGAUUCUCGACAAAUGUAUUUAGCUCAUUAUCGUACACAUCUGGAAAAUCCAUGUGAAGAUGAUAAAUCCGGUAUACUUGAUUUUAAUAAUAUUGACAAUACUUGUGAUCGUCCUGGUGAAUUGCGUAAUUAUUCAUGUAAAAUAUGUUCAAAACGUUUUUCUCGAAGUGAUAUGUUAAAUCGACAUUUACGUUUACAUUCUGGUAUACGUCCAUAUCGUUGUGCAAUGUGUAAUACACAUUUUUCACGUAGUGAUCAUUUAUCAACACAUUUACGUACACAUACAGGUGAAAAACCUUAUACAUGUCCAGAAUGUUCUUAUGCUGCAUGUCGACGAGAUAUGAUUACACGACAUUUAAAAGUUCAUUCAAAACAAAGAUCAGAAAGAAAAAAUGCAACAUCAAGUUUAGGUUCGAGUAAUGAAUCAUAA